AUGAUAAUAAGAUAUCAGAGAGUAUUCAUCUUCUUAUCUGCAUGCGACGCAUGGCAACUGAGUUCGACAGAACCCAUAGUCUACAAUGUUGGUAACCCUCGAAUCGAAUGUAGAGAAGGCGAUGAUUUCACCGGAACUUGUGAAGAUUUGCAAGUUUGUAUUGACCAAGGACUCUGUGAUCACGGACAAGAUCCAUGGGAGAGCGCGAUUUGUGCAAGCUACAAUGAAGAAUUGAGGUGUUUUUAUCAAACUGACUUAAGAUGGACUUGGGGAUGGGAUCCAAAUAUUCAUCAAAUAAUAUGCGAUAAAGGGCUUAAAACGAGUUGGCAAAUCGACGAUAACAAUUUCUUUACUAAAAUUAUAUGUGAAGGCAUCGAUGAGUGCUCACCAAAUCCGUGCGGUGAAAAUUCAUAUUGUUAUGAUUUUUAUGUCGGAUAUGAAUGCGAAUGUGAUUAUGGAUUCAAAUAUGAUGAAAUCGAAGAAAAAUGUGUUGAUAUUAACGAGUGUGAAAUUGGGGAUUUUGAUUGUGGCUUAUUUCAAAAUUGCAUAAAUACAGAUGGAUUUUACGAGUGUGAAUGCAUGGAAGAAUAUAUAUGCUUUUGUGAUUCGAAACAGGAAAUUGAUGAUGAACAUAGCGAUUGCGAGGGAAAACCAUUUCCAGAAGUAGUUUGUUAUGAUAACCACCCGAAAAAUACCAAUAAUGUUACAUGCUUGGAUAUAAAUUAUUGCUUUGAUCAUGGUUCUUGUCAUGAAAUGAAUAGAACUGUGGCUGAAACUUCUGCAAUUUGUGCUCAUACUAAUGACAACUUCCUCUGUAUCGGGCCUUUAGAAUGUGAAAAAGGCUUUCUUCCAGCGGUUCAUUUUGAAGGCUCGAAUGCCAUCAGCAGUUGCCUCAACAUUGAUGAAUGUGCUUAUAACUUAGACGAUUGUGGAGGAGGCUCAAAAUGCGUUGACACUGAUGGAAGCUUUGAGUGUGAAUGUAGCGGGAAACCAUCACUUCCGUCUGAUUAUUCUGACCAAGAUGCCUGGGAUAUAUUCGAGCAAGAAUUCCUCUACGAUUCUUUAUAUCCGCAAAGAUACAAUCAAACAACGAAGACUUGUCAGGAAUACGAUCACUGUGCAUCGUCGCCAUGCACGAACGGUAUUUGUUCAAACACGGGUUCAAAGACGGAGCCAUAUUUUGAGUGUUCAUGA